UGGAGGUUCUGGCGCUUGAGCUCUUGCGGGGAUCUUGGCAGUAUCCCGGCUCAAUCGCGCCAACCUUGAUCCUCAAUUGGAAUCAGUCAAAGACAACACGCGAAGGUUAAGAAACAAACAAACGGAUUGCGAACUCCCCGGAAACACAGGUCCAAGGGCCCAGGCGUGCUGUAAAGCAAGCUCAAGAUGUCCACUCAAACUCCCCGCACAUCCCUUCGAGAGGGUUUGCGGCAGGCUCCCAAAGCAAAUCAGCCCUUCAUCCCCGACACUACCCCCGCUAGACGCUCACAUGUAAUCCACGCAAAUCAGUCACCACAGCCCGUUCCUCUGACCUUGAGUCAUUCCAACUCACCCGCACCGACUGUGAACAACGCCCCGCCCUCGAACGAGAACUGGGAAGGAAGGGAUCAAAAGGUGCCUAUGAACACACGCGAAGUUGCAACCCCGGGUAACAGACCAGGUCUGUUUCUCAGUAUGCAUGGCAAAACAGUCAAACAACCCGACUUUUACGAUCCUUACUUCCCCCUCAGAUAUCUAGAGGUCCCGAAGUCUGAUCACAUUUACAAGCGUGCGCAUUAUGGACUGCAAUCAGGCGUUCCGGACGAAGUUGACUUUGCGCUAUUUCACCUUGUUCAAAUAUCCAAUCAGCGCUGGGACAAGUUCAAAUUCGAGGGCUUCCCAUUGUUAGCGGAAACCUUGAUGGAGAAGGCUCUAGAUGUAUCGCUUCUUGUCGCAGGGGUCAAGUGGGAGCUCCAGUACGACUUCCGUGAGCCUAUGGCCCGCGUCAAUGUGCUCAAUUCACUAUAUGGCACACGCGAUAUACUCGAGAGAAUCAAACAUAUCCCCGUUACAUUACCGAAGGACACUCUGGAGACAUAUGAGUUCAAUCAUCGUCUACGAAACGUCAAAGAGGCAACUCUGGUACUCCGGAACAUGGUACUACUCAAGGAAAAUGCAUUCUAUGUCUCGCGUUAUGCCAAAGGCCUUCUUAGAGAUUUCCUGGUGAUUCUGAUCAACCUCCCAGACCAACCACGCCUGAACGAAAUCAGAAAUGAUGCCUUGGAUAUCGCAGAGGAGGUGACAAAGUUCAUGCGGACUGACCCGGAAGAUCCACUUUGGAUCUCUUUGCUCAGAUGCCUAGAGUCUCCUGAUCGUGCUCAUGUAGUGCGGGCUCUGUGGGCAUUGACGCACUUUUCAACUGAGAUCGAUGAACCAGAAGGCAACCGGGCCAUGGAGCGCAUGCCCAAACAAUCCCUGCAGCAACUAUACUUCCACACGCUUCUCGAUUUGGAUAAAGAUAUUUUGAGCGGUGCCUUGGACUUCUGGUAUCAAUACACUCUUUCAAGCGAGAAUAUCGAGACCAUGCUCGAUGUUUUCGAUUUCCCCAGCAUCUUCGUUCCGCGCAUGAUCGCACUACUGACGUACGAAGCCCGAGCCACCAAGAUGGAAACCGUUCUACAAGAUGAGAAGGUUGCACCACCGCCAUCUGAGAUUCCUCGUGUGCCGUCUGAGCUUCUGAAGGAUCUGAUGGAAUUAUCAGAGCCUGAGCGUAGCUCACGCUGGCUAAGGUGCUGCUUCGUUGAGGACCCGGAAUGCGAGAUCACACAGAUCGCCCUCUGGCAGGCUUACCAGAGCCGGUUCGCUGAUCCUCGCGUACCGGGAGGUGGUGUCCUCCCUGCGGCCGAGUUCAUCAAGAAUGUGAGCACGACUUUCACGAACGCUCAAGCACAAGUCAUUAAUGGCCCCGGCUCCUCCACUCGAUUCAUCAUCAAGGGCAUCCGCCCACUGGAGACAGCGUACACCUUCCAGGGCUUCCCUUACAUCUACUGCAAGUGGGCCGACGACUCCAAACCCACCAAAACCUGCCAGCGUGCGUUCUCUACCCCGACGGACCUCCGCAACCACGUAUUUGCCGAUCAUAUGAACCUCAAGCGCACCGAGACACCGGGCCACUACAACCUGGACAAUGCCCAAUCGGCUAUCCACACUUGCUUUUGGGAAAACUGCACGAGAUUCCGCGGCUCUAGCGCCAGCGCGAACACCGCCGCGGUCGCUGGCCACGUCGCCUCCCACCUCCCCGAAGAACGUCCCGCAGACGCAGAGGCUCCCGUUUCCAAGAGGGUGGUGCUCCAAGAGCGCAUUGUGCGCAAAUGGUUCUACCUCAACACCCCAGUCAGUGAGCGCGGCGAGCCCGUUGGGGUUGCGUACAAAGCCGCCUUGGUCCUUCGCAACAUUGCCCGCAACCUUCCCAGCGGCGUCGUCCAGAAAUACAAUGGACUUCCCUGGAAGAAAGCUGUCUUCUUGAGUCACCGCCCGAAGAUCGUGGAGGUAUGGGAUCGAAACCGGUCGCUGCGCAAGGAGCUCACGGAAUUGAUCAUGUUGAUCGAGAAGGAAGAUUACUAUUGAAGAGGAAAAAAGAAGAAAACCAAACAGAACAAACAAGAAGAGAAAAUGAACACAACCCUUUUUCCCCUUCUUGCCCCCUUGUGU